AUGAUUCCUAUUCUGUCGAAAUCUCAGGAAACCAAGUACCGACAAAAAUGCAAGGAUUUGAAGCGGCGGAUCCAGGAAAUUGAGGACUUCAACGAGGCCACGGCGCUGAACUUGGCUCGAACCAAACGGGCCAUCAUUCGGGUUCGUCUGGAAAGAGAGCUUUUGAUGGAGAAGCUCGAGGAGCUAGCAAAGGGAGACGCCGCAGAAGGAUCCGAUUCCACAGACGAGGAGGUCGAGAUUGGCCUGACAGAGCUGCAGCGAGCUCUGUUGCUUAGGGCUAAUGAUCCUCCUGCCAACCCACGAGUGGUGAGCAACAACAAGGCCAGCCAAGCCGGAACCGCAGCCGCUCUGGCAGCAAUCGCAUCUGUCCAGGGCAAGGGAACUACCAACGACGAAGACAAUGAAAACGGAAACGGUGGAGAUGGCUCCGAGAGUCCCAAAAAGCGGGCUGUUCGAAACCCAGAUAUGCCCAAGAGGCCCCAGAACGCCUACAUUAUCUUUUGUGAGCGGGAAAAGGAAGGCGUCCGAGCAUCGAUGGAGCUGGAGGCGGAUGGCGAGACCUUUGAUCUAACACGUGCUCUGGCUGACUCGUGGAAGGAGCUGGGCCAGGAGGGACGACAGCCUUACUACAAGCUGUAUCAGGACGAUCGACGACGAUACCUUGAGGAAAUGAGCGAGUACGUGCCUGAGAACCCCAGUGAGGCCGAGCAGAAGGAAAUUCAGCGAGCCAUCAAAGCUCUGGAGGAGCUCAAGAGUGGCAAGGGAGGAGAUGAUGAGGAGGAGGAGGCUGCCACGAGUACCGUUGCUACCAAGGAGGAUAAGCAGGAGAAGGAAGGUGAAAAGAAGGAACAGAGUACUGAAGAAUCAAAGACUAAGGUCACGCAGCCCAAGGCUGCAGUGCCAAAGGCUGCAGAGAUCCAGACUGAAGCAUCAAACACUGCAGAAUCCAACACCGAAGCGUCUAAAACUGAAGUGUCCAAGGUUAAGGAGGAGCCUCAAGAACCAGAUCAAAUUUCACGCAAAGACACAGAACCCAAGGAUGUGGAAAUGACUGAUGCAUCAGAAGUUGCCAAGCCUGACGCGGAGUCUGCUGCUUUCAACAAGGAGGACGAGCCUGUAUCAGCUGCGCCGGUUGAACCUGCACCCGUUUCCGUGGCUUCGGAGACUGAUAAGAAGGAGGAGGAGAGAAAGGAUUAA